AUGAUUGGGACGAGAGGAGAGAGCAGUCGGGCGAGUACUGGAGGAAGCGGUUCUCCAGGUGAAGACACGACGACGGCGACGGUCUCCGUCUCCUCGCCCCCACCCCAGGGGCCCCCUCAGGGCAUGAGACCCACCCCUUCCCCCACUGGACCUCUCUCGCCCGCUUUUGGGAACCAGAGUGUGGGGAUGUCACCUGGACCCCUAGCAAACCAGGGGAUGGAUCAAGGAACAGGGCAUGGUACUGGGGGCCCAGUCCCAAUACCUGGAACCCCACCUGGGCCCCAACGUGUUCCACCUGGUGGAUACACUGGGAUGCCACCUCCACCUGGUGGUGGGAGCCCAGGCCAUGGACCACCGAACCCAGGUGGUGGGAUGUACCCUCCCAAGAACUACAUGAUGCCUCCAUCCCCAUCUCCAAAUCAGAUGCCACCCUAUGGGAAUCAGAACCCACCCCACCCUCACAUUGCUCAUCCGAAUCAGCCUUAUCCUCCUGGUGCUUAUGGAGGCGCACCCCGUCCAGGCAUGGGAGGGUACCCAGGUACUGGUUACCCAACCCCAACCCCUUCCCCAUAUGACAACAGACCUAUGCCCAACCACAUCCCUGGCCAAUCUCCUUACCCUCCCUAUCACUACAAUCAGGGAUGGAAUGGUUCCGGGCCCCCAGGACCCGGUGGUUCCAUGGUGCCAGGACCUGGGAAGGGUGCGGGGGUGCCCAACUCCAUGCCCAAUAGCCCAGGGCACCCCCCACCACCUCCAUCACAGCGUGGUCCUCCUCACUUCCUCAGACAGCACUUACAGCAAAAGAUGGGCUACAUUCCAAGUGCACAUGGUCCCCCUGGCUAUGGAGGGAGCCCCUCAGGCAGCCCCAGUCAUCCUUCGAUGGCCCCCCAAGGUGCUCCAACCCCACCAGACACCUUGGCAAAGCCACCAACUCCCAACAGUCGUCCCAUUGGAAGCCCUGGUCCAGGCUCUGGUUCCCAGCCCCCAACCCCCAGCAGCACCCCACGACCUGGGGAAAUGGGAUCCCAUAUUCGCAAUGGGGAUGCCAGUAGUGAGGGUGGAAGCUCCUCUGGGAGUGGACGGGAUGGUGCAAAUCGUUGUGGACCAACAAGUUUCAUCACAACAGGACCUGAUGGGCUGCCCAUCAAUGAUGAUGCCUCACAGAACUCCACCAUAUCUAAUGCUUCACAAGGUUCAGAUGAGCGAGCAAGUACACCCCGGAAGGAGGCAAUGCAGCAAGGGAUGAUGGGAGGCCCUGGUGGAGGUGGUCGCCUGAGCCAUCCGCCAACCCCUGGUGGAAUGCUAUCCCCUCAUGGGGGUAUGGAUGGUAGUGGGGAGCACCCAGGAAUUCCACCCAUGAUGCCACCAAACAGCAUGCAUGAUCCAAUGAUGAAUGCCCAGGGGGCCUGGCCUCCAAGAUUGCCCACCAGCCCUUCAAGAAGGAGUAGGGUCAACCCUAUUGUUGUUUUCUCUCCGUCCUUCUUUCAGGUUUUCAAUUGCCAUAUGCCUCCACCAGAACUCUACCGUCAGAAGAUGGGGAAGCCGGAUGCUUUGAUGCGGCUCUAUGACAUGGAUGAGAACCCAGAGCGGAAGAUGUGGGUGGAUAAGCUACUUCACUUCAUGGAGGAACGGCGAACUCCCAUCACUGCCUGUCCCACCAUCUCCAAGCAUCCUCUUGAUCUCUUUCGUCUAUACUUCCUUGUCAAGGAGGCUGGUGGCUUCAUGGAGGUAACAAAGAACAAGACAUGGAAAGACAUAGCUGGGUCGCUAGGCAUAGGGGCUUCAUCCAGUGCUGCCUACACCCUCAGGAAGCACUACACCAAACACCUUCUUCCUUUUGAGUGCAAAUUUGAUCUCGGUGGAAUUGACCCUCAACCCAUCAUCAACCAGGUGGAGGCUGGGUCCAAAAAGAAGAACAAGAGCAGCUCCUCUUCCGUCCCUUCUCCUGGGUCAUCAAGCUCCCAAGACUCGUUUGGUCCACCAGGUCAGGGAAUGGAUGGGUAUGGGCAUCAUGGAUAUGGGGGAUACUCAACAGCACCAGGAGGUCCUGGGGUAUACCCACCUCCUCCUGUGUCAGGUGCAGAGUACCUUCCUGGUCCCCCACAUCCUCCACCUCCAUCUCAUCCAGAGGCAACUCACAUCCUUCUUGCCAUUGCUGUAGGGAUGGCUGGUGUCCCAAAUCACAGCUCAGGAGAGAACAUCAGUGUGAGUAAUCCAUUUGAUGACCAGAACCAGUAUGGGCGACAUGCAGCUGCUGUGGCUCCUUACUCUCCCUACAGUCCUGGCAUGGCUCCAAGGCCCCCACAGAGUUAUGUGGCAGGGUACCCAGGCUACCCUGGCACAACCAGUGACCAGGCCCCUGGGAUGCAGUAUGGGUCAGCUGGGGCAACCUACCCCCCUCCUCCACAGCCAACCCCUCCACUCCCUCAGCAAUCUCAGCCAUCCCUGCCUCAGCAGUCUUAUCCUCCCACCAGCAGGGGAUACCCCCCAAUGCUGACCCCACCAUCAUCUGGAGCUCCUCCACCGCAGUCCCAACCUCAACCUGCAGUGCAAUCUGGACCGAGUGCCCCAGUGACAUCCUCCCUGUCCUCGACUGAGCUUCAUGCAGCCACUCCUACUCCUGCCACAUCCUCUGGCCCCAUGACUUCCACCCCACCCCCUGUUUCUGAGCGAAUGUCACCUGCUCCUCCACCCCCUGCCACAUCUGCCCCUGCUCCCAUACCUGGUGGUGCCUAUCCAAACUACUCUCCAUCACCUCAGCCGGUUGCUCCCAGCCCACAGGCAGCAUCCUACCAGCAGGCAAGACAUGCUCCGUACUCGCAGUACAGCCCACAGCAAGACCACUAUCAGAUGAAUAGUGGUAAGCCAGGUUACCUGCCUGGUGGACAGGGUCCUGCAUCUCAGGGACCUGGGCCAGGGCCUGGGGUGGUACCCCAGCCUCCUCAGCCCCACUCACCCACUCCCACCCCUCCUCCUGCAGCUCCUCCACCUCCUCCUCCACCUGCCCCCACCAGCUCAUCUCUUCGUAUGGCCCUUCAGGGCACACCUACACCCCAAGCAUAUGGAAGUGGACCAGGAGGAAUGUAUGGAGGAAAACCAGGGAUGCCCCCUGGUGCUUAUCCCCCCACUGGCCCUGCCCGUCCCCCAGCAGGACCCCCAGCGCACCCGUAUCAUCCAACAUAUCAGCAGCCUCAGCCAUAUGGUUGGCAGGGGAGCCAGUAUGGGACAGGAUGCAGCAGUGGCCCUCCACAAUGGGGAGCAGGUCCUGCUCCACGCACAGAACAAUGGGUUCAGCAGCGCUACCCUGGCCCCCCGCAGCAGGCAGCUCCAUCUACUUACUCUCAUCCUCAGUCUCCGAGCCCAUGGUCUGGGGGUGCAAUGCGGCAUCCAUCGUACCCUCCCCAACAGCGUCCCCCAUUCCGGGACAAGGGACCCAUGUAUCCUCUUCCUCCUACCUCUGUGCCAUCCAAGGCUAUGCCACAUGGGACAGGGCUUGCUCAACAGGCAAUGCGCAGGGAUUAUGGCUUCCCGCCUGACAGCGUCGAGGCUGUCGCACCCCUGAUGGCGAAGCGGAGGCGUCUGAACAGAUGCGAUGUGGCGCCCGUGGACCCGUGGCGCAUCAUGAUGGCUCUCAAGUCUGGACUCCUGUGCGAGACCACCUGGGCACUGGACAUCCUUAACGUCCUCACCUUCGACGACUCCAGCGUCCUCUACUUUGGCCUACAGUGGCUUCCAUCCCUGUUGGAUACCCUGCUCGAGUUCUACCGCAAAGCCCUAGGCGACAUGUUCGACAUCUGCGAGGAUUUGGAGAUCAACUACGACCGAACUGUGGAGCUGCGGAACAAGAUGCAGGCGCGACGACCUCCGCGGAGACAGAAGGCCUGGUACGAGCCCAACCGACCCGCGGAUCUCCGCGACGUGGAUGACCUCUCCGACGUCGAGAUCGACCUCGGAGUGCCGAAGCUAGAAGAAUCGGAAAACUCUCAGUUGCAGUUUGUUCUGCGAGGAGGGAACUUCACUCGUGUGACGCGAGAGGGGAAACCUGUGAUCGUGAACGGCGACGGAAAGAACGUGUUCGUGCUCGACACGGAGCGGGAGUGGGACAUUCACGAGGGAUUUGAAGUGGGCGCCGACGAGUGGCAGCUGGGCUAUGGUGACACCACUCGUCACAUCGUCCCACCCUUGAAGUGCGACCUCAACGUCGUCCCGCUGGUUCGAGUGCUCCCAGACAAGAAAUCGAAGAUGGAGAAAGAGAACACGGAAGUUGACUUAGUGCAGAAAGAACCAGAGAAGGUAGAGGACAAAAGUUCGUGUCGGAACAAUGUGAUCCCCAAGCUUCGUAAUUGUGAUGUCAAGAAGCGGUCGCUCGAGAGCGUGCUGAUGCGGAUCAAGAAGGACACAGACGCGUUGGAAUCCGAUCAGCCUGUAAAAACCGACGAUGACGAUGGAGAGUCCAAGAAGGACGAACCCGAGACCGCAAAAGAAGAGGAGAAAGAAUCCAGCGAAUCGUCGUCCAAGGACGAUUCCGCCGUUGUGAUAAAUGGGAUCAAGGUGCGGGACCCGUCCCGACGCACCAGGCGAAAGAACUUGGAGCACGGAGAGUGUUACCCACGAGACGAACCCAGUUUGAACCUGGUGACGGAGGGGCAAGACAUCAUGUCCCGUCGCGCCAUCGCCAUUUCUACCAUCCUCCGCAACUUGAGUUUCAUCCCCGGCAACGAUGCCGAACUGAGCCGCAGCUCCCAGCUGCUGCUCAUCCUGGGCAAGCUUCUCUUACUCUUUCACGAACACGAUGAGAAAUCCGAAGAGAGACGGACGACGCCGAUCGCCAUCGUCUCCGAUGCCGACGAUGUAGUCGUGGACUCGGAUACCGAUCUGACCCUAGAGGCGAACGACUGGUGGCACGAGUACCUGCCCGUGCUGCGCGAGAACGCCCUGGUGAUGCUGGCCAAUAUGUCUGGUGCUUUGGAGUUGUGGCGAUUCCCAGAGGCCGUGUGUCGACCCGUUUUGGACGGUCUCCUGCAUUGGGCCGCGUGCAGUUCGGCGGAAGCAUGCGACCCGUUCCCGUCGCUCGGCCCGCAUUCUCCGUUAUCCCCGCAGCGACUCGCCCUGGAAGCCUUGGUGAAGCUGAGCGUGCAGGCGGACAACGUGGACCUGAUCCUUGCCACCCCGCCCUGGUCGCGACUGGAGCGGCUCGUUUCCCAACUUUCCCGCUGGCUCAGUCGCUCGUACGAUCAAGUUCUGCGGGAGUUCUCGUUGAAUCUGAUCGCCGCGUGGAGCAGCGCCGACGAGAUCACCGCCCGCCUCGUCGCCAACCAGUCCGGCUGCAUCGGGCUCCUGCUGUCGUUCGUCGAACAGGCGGAGUCGACCGCUCUCUCCAUUGCCAACACGCACGGGGUGGCGUUGCUUCGGGACAACCCGGAUGCGAUGGGCACCUCUCUGGACAUGCUACGGCGUGCUGCCCGCGCUCUCCAUCACCUAUCUCUCGUACCUGCCAACCGCAAGCCGAUCGUUCAGCACGAAGCCCGGUUUCUGUCGCUGGUCAUGUCGCAGAUCCUGGACCAGCAGGUCGCUUCCAUUCUCGCCCAGGUCCUGUUCAACGUGUCUCCCGGCACCGACGGGUCCUGAGGUCCCGUUGUCUUCGUCUUUCUCAAAACGCAAACCGAGAUCCUUUUCUUUUUCUUAAUCGAUGUGUGUUCGCGUGUAUGAGAGCAUCAGGUGACGUUCGUGGCCGAUUCUCUGUGGUGAUAUCACGCCUCACGAUGCUCAAUUGCUCACCGAUUUGUGAAGAGGAUGUCGUCUGUGGACCCCUUUUUGUUUCCAAUCGUGGAAAAACGAGAAAGAUAAUUUUUCUCUCUCUUUCUCUCCAAAAUUCUGGGGGCUUUUGGAGGGAUGUAUAUAUAAACGAGAAAAAAAAAAAGAGGAAAUGACUACGAUGAUUUCCACCGUGUGAUACUAUCCCUGGAAACUAGGAACGAUAGCCACGUACGCGGCAGGCAUUCCCCGAUCUGCCUAUUUAUUUACCCCGGACUCCGUUCUCUCUGUCCCGAGGGAAAAAAAGGAAACUAUACGGACGUUUUCCAUGCGCUGCUCUUAUUGGGGGGAGGAGGUUUUUUUUUUUCUCUCUCUUGCUUUCCCAAAAUUAUUUUUCACGCAGAAAUAAUUUAGAACCUCCUAGUCCUUAUUUUAUUGUCGAGGAAUCAAGGUGGAGCAAAAGGCAAAAAAGAGAAAUUCCCUCGGGUGGCAUUUUUCUCUCUUGUUCACUGUUUCGUUCUUUUUUUCUUCCAGUUGAUGAGAAAUGAUGUUCUUGAGGACAACGUUUACAAAAUAAACUGUUGUACAG